GCCGGGGGAGGCGGGAGGAGGAGACACCAGGGGUGGCCCUGAGCACCGGCGACACCUUUCCUGGACUAUAAAUUGAGCACCUGGGAUGGGUAGGGGGUCAACGCAGUCACCGCCGCCCGCAGUCACAGUCCGGCCACUGACCGCAGCAGCGCCCUUGGGUAGCAGCCGCUUGCAGCGGGAACACUGAAUUGCCAACGAGCAGGAGAGUCUCAAGACGCAAGAGGAGGCCAGGGCUCGACCCACAGGCCACCCUCAGCCAUCGCGAGUUUCCGGACGCCAAAGCCAGGAGAAGCCGCCCAUCCCGCAGGGCCGGUCUGCCAGCGAGACGAGAGUUGGCGAGGGCGGAGGAGUGCCGGGAAUCCCGCCACACCGGCUAUAGCCAGGCCCCCAGCGCGGGCCUUGGAGAGAGCGUGAAGGCGGGCAUCCCUUUGACCCGGCCGACCAUCCCCGUGCCUCUGCGUCCCUGCGCUCCAGCGCCCGCGCGGCCACCAUGAUGCAAAUCUGCGACACCUACAACCAGAAGCACUCGCUCUUUAACGCCAUGAAUCGCUUCAUCGGCGCCGUGAACAACAUGGACCAGACGGUGAUGGUGCCCAGCUUGCUGCGCGACGUGCCCCUGGCUGACCCCGGGUUAGACAACGAUGUCGGCGUGGAGGUAGGCGGCAGUGGCGGCUGCCUGGAGGAGCGCACGCCCCCAGUCCCCGACUCAGGAAGCGCCAAUGGCAGCUUUUUCGCGCCCUCUCGGGACAUGUACAGCCACUACGUGCUGCUCAAGUCCAUCCGCAACGACAUCGAGUGGGGGGUCCUGCACCAGCCGCCUCCACCGGCUGGGAGCGAGGAGGGCAGUGCCUGGAAGUCCAAGGACAUCCUGGUGGACCUGGGCCACUUGGAGGGUGCGGACGCCGGCGAAGAAGACCUGGAGCAGCAGUUCCACUACCACCUGCGCGGGCUGCACACUGUGCUCUCGAAACUCACGCGCAAAGCCAACAUCCUCACUAACAGAUACAAGCAGGAGAUCGGCUUCGGCAAUUGGGGCCACUGAGGCGUGGCGCCCGCGGCUGCCCAGCACCCUCUUCGACCCAUCUCACCCUCUCUCAUUCCUUAAAGCUUUUUUUUUUGUUUUUCCUGGCUGGGGGGCGGGAAGGGCAGACUGCAAAUUGGGGGGCUGCGUACGUGCAGGAGGCGCGGUGGGGCUGCGUGGAGGAGGGGGCCUCGUGUGAGAGAGAAGAAAAUGGUGGCCGGAGAGGGGAGGGCCCAAGGAACCUCCUGGGAGGAGGCCUGCAUUCUAUGUUGGUGGGAAUGGGACUGGGCUGACGCCCUGCAUUCAGCCUGUGCCUUUCCUGGGGUUUCUUUUCUGUUCUUUUCGGAGGAGAAGGGCCCGAGAAGGGCCAUACCAGGGCGCGGCGCUGGGUUGCCACACUUGGGAAAGCAGCCCGGAGCUGGGUGCUGGGGAAGGCGGGGCGCAUAGCCUCCCGCCGCCCUGCGGUUGGGCCGGUGGAGGCCCAGGCGUUGCUAGGAUUGCAUCAGUUUUCCUGUUUGCACUAUUUCUUUUUGUAACAUUGGCCCUGUGUUAAGUAUUUCGAAUCUCCUUCUUGCUCUGAAACUUCAGCGAUUCCAUUGUGAUAAGCGCACAAACAGCACUGUCUGUCGGUAAUCGGUACUACUUUAUUAAUGAUUUUCUGUUACACUGUAUAAUAGUCCUGUGGCACCCCCACCCCAUCCCUUUCGUGCCACUCCCGUCCCCACCCCCACCCCAGCGUGUAUAAGCUGGCAUUUCGCCGGCUUGUACGAAGCUUGCCACUCAGUGAAAAUAAUAACAUUAUUAUGAGAAAGUGGACUUAACCGAAAUGGAACCAACUGACAUUCUAUCGUGUUGUACAUAGAAUGAUGAAGGGUUCCACUGUUGUUGUAUGUCUUAAAUUUAUUUAAAACUUUUUUUAAUCCAGAUGUAGACUAUAUUCUAAAAAAUAAAAAAGCAAAUGUGUCAACUAAACUGGACAAGCGUCUGGUCCUCAUUAAUCUGCCAAUGAAUGGUUUCAUCGUUAAAUAAAAAUCAACUGAUUUACUAGCAAAAGUAAA